AUGCUGCGUCGUGUCUCGAGUUGCCGGACGCACUGGUCCGUCCAAGAGCUCCGCUCGGUGCUGGUCCCUAAGGUCCGUUUCUCAGCAGCCCCUUCGCUCGAAGCUCUGGCCGCGCAGUCCAUGGCGACGGCGUUUCGCCAAUACGGCCACUUGGAGGCAGAGCUGGAUCCACUGCAGCUCCAGCCACGCACGGCCGUUGCCAGUCUCGCCGUUGAGAACUUCCACCCGUUGCUCGACCGGUCUCUGGUCGCGGCAGAUCUGGCUCGCGUUGUUGCGGUCUCGGCAGCCACUGGCCAGCAGCUCUACGAUGAGCUGCACCGCGUGUACUGCGGCAAAACGGGCUAUGAGUUCGAGCACUUGACGUCAAGGGAGGAGAAGGCGUGGCUGGCCUGUGCGGCGGAGACUGCCACCACCACAAACGACGCGACGCCUGCCGACUUGCGCAAUGCCUACUCGAGUAUGAUGCGUGCCGACGUGUUCGAGACCUUCAUGGCCAAGAAGUUUGCGUCCUUCAAGAGGUACUCGGGCGAAGGAGCCGAGUCCAUGCUGCCAGCAGUAGAGACGGUGCUUCAAGCGUGCACGACGUCAGGCAUUUCGGACGUGGUGAUUGGCAUGCCGCACCGCGGUCGACUCGCCCUCCUCGUCGGGUCGCUCGACUACCCUGCACACAAGAUUUUCCACAAGGUGCGCGGCUACUCGGAGUUCCCCGACAACUUCCGGGGCAUUGAUGACGUUUCGUCGCACAUUGCCACGACAGUGGACAAGAAGUACGCGGGCAAAAACGUGCACGUGUCACUCGUGCAUAAUCCGUCGCAUCUGGAGAUCAUUAACGCUGUGGCGGCAGGGAAAGUACGUGCCAAGAACGAUGGUGAUGUCCAUGCCAACGCGAUGGCGCUGCUGUUGCAUGGAGACGCCGCAUUUGCUGGACAAGGGUGUGUCACGGAGGCUCUGGCACUGUCACAACUACCUGACUUCCAGACUGGCGGAUCGGUGCACAUUGUGGUGAACAACCAGGUGGGCUACACGACCACAUACCCCGACGGCCGCGGUACGCGCUAUGCCUCGGACGUCGCCAAGAGCAUUGAAGCGCCGAUUUUGCAUGUCAAUGGACAUCGUCAUCGACUUGACCACAUUCCGUCGCCAUGGCACAACGAAGUGGACGAGCCGCGCUUUACGCAGCCCAAGAUGUACGAGCGUGUGGACCAAACGGAGCGCUUUCCAAUCAGGUUCGCCCGCGAGCUGGAAGCGGCUGGUCUCGUCUCGCGCACGAGCUUGGAAAAGAACGUGGAGCGCCUGAACGAGCACCUGGAGAGCGAGCUCAAACUCGUCACGGGCGAACGUGGCUACAUGCCCACGGAGAUCGACGCAUUCAAGGGCAAGUGGUCAGGUAUGAGGCAGCCCGACCCUGAAGACUUAUACGUCAAUCCUGCGACUGGCGUGGAGAUCGACGAGCUGAUUCAGGUCGGGCUUGCCUCCGUAGAAUUGCCCGAGCGCAUCCGCCCUCAUGGCCGUCUGCAGCGCACGCAUAUCAAGUCGCGUCAGAAAUCCUUGACACUGCAGGACGGAGGAUCAAAGGAAGAUUUGCGUGUCGACUGGGCCACAGCUGAGGCUAUGGCCUUUGGCACGCUGAUGCAAGAAGGUCACUCGGUGCGUCUCUCCGGUCAGGACUGUCGGCGUGGCACCUUCAGUCAAAGGCAUGCUUCAUUCACCGAUCAGGACACAGAGGAGCGCUACUUUCCGCUACAGCACCACUUGCCCACGAAGUCGGAUGUCGCUGGCAAGUUGUGUGUUGCCAACAGCAACUUGUCCGAGCUUGCUGUCAUGGGUUACGAGUACGGCUACUCGGUGGAGAGCCCACGCAAUCUGGUCAUCUGGGAAGCGCAGUUUGGUGACUUCUUCAACGGUGCACAGAUCGUGAUCGAUCAGUUCUUGUCGAGCGCAGAGUCCAAGUGGAUGCGGCAAUCGGGUCUGAUGCUUUUGUUGCCGCACGGCAAUGACGGAGCUGGACCUGAUCACUCCAGCGGCCGGGUCGAGCGCUUCUUGCAGCUCGUUGACACGCCUGCACUGAUCCCGCGCUCGUCAGUCCAGGAAUCGAGCUCGGAGCCUUUUUGGAAGCAGUUCCAGCACGACACCAACAUGAUUGUGGUGAACGUGACGACACCGGCCAAUUUCUUCCACCUCGUUCGUCGCCAGCAGCAGCGCUCUUUCCGCAAGCCCGUGGUCGUCAUGGGACCAAAAAUGCUGCUCCGACUUGCAGAUGCGACGUCGCCAUUGUCGGAGAUGGGACCGGGCACCACGUUUCAGCCAGUGCUCUCGGACCCGACGAUCACGGACCCGACACAGAUCAAGACGGUGUAUUUCUGCUCGGGGAAGUUUUUCUACGAGCUCUCGAAGGAACGUCUCGCCCGCAGCAAGAGCCCCGAGCGUAUUGCACUGGUCCGUAUCGAAGAGCUCGCCCCGUUUCCACUCAAGGACGUCGCUGACGAACUCGCCAAGCUCAAGAACGCAAAGCACUUUGUCUGGGUGCAAGAAGAACCACUGAACCAAGGCGCGUGGAUGUAUGCGAAGGAUCACAUUGAGAAGGUGCUGGACAAGAAGACGCAGCACCUGGAGUACAUUGGCCGAGAGUCGCUCGCUGCUCCAGCCGUCGGAUUGGCCAAGCGCUCGCAUGAAGAGCUGGAGUUGGUGCUGACGAAAGCUUUUGGUCCGCAAAAAUAG